AUGGAAAAAUCCUACUUGGCUGCAUUCCUUGCUUGCUGGUUGUGCAAAUUUGUAUUUCCCAAAGAUGACGUAACUUUGAUUAGACCAGGGGUUUUCAAAGUUGCCAGUCGAAUGGCGCACGGUGUAUCAUUUGGCCUAGCAGUUCUAGUAUUGGCCAGCAUUUACAAGGGGCUGAACGAUAUUUCUAGUGCGGAUGAUCCAGGAAUUUGCACAACUGUUCUAUAUUUCCAUUAUGUGUAUGGAUGGUUGGGUGAAUACUUCGACACACAUUUUACAUCAUCUUCCGAGAAGUCCAUUCCUAUCAUGGCAAGGUUCUCAGGGAGACUUUCGGCGAAAUUUUUUGAAGAUUCGACAGCUCGAGCUUUGUUCCGGACUUGUGGUAAAGAAAACUAUCGAGUCAUCCAACCUUAUAGCCCGCACCGGUUUAGUAGACAAUUUUGUUAUGUACAACAUGUGCCAGGAGAACUUAAAGAUGACGUCUGGAAUGGUACUGUGCUAUCAGUGUACUCACAUUGGAAAUCAUACUUGAAGAGUGGCAGUGCAUCUACAAUAACCCUAUCCACUAAGGACAAUAUCCGGGAGUUUGAGGUCACAUCCGACUAUGUUAUUUGGUGGUCGAAGGUGCAUCGCUUUGAAUCUACGAAAUUAAAGACAAUCUCAACUGUAGGUAAGUCGUCGUCGCUUUCUCAGCCAAAAUCUCUUAAGUCUCAAGGCCACGAAGUUUCAGUUCAUGAUAAACUCACCCGUGGUAGAGCGCUCCAAGUUCAUCCAGAAGUUGAAGGAGAAACAGAAAGUGUGGCAGAUUCCCAGGAAGAUUUCAUUCCCCUUGGUCAACGAAUUCGCAAUUUGAAGCAAGGGCAUAUAAGCAGCAAUGAAGAUAGUGAAGUCAACUUUAGGCAUGAGAAGACAAGCGUCGAACCUCUUUAUUGUGAUUUGGACACGGCAUACCCACUUGAUGACACAUUCUUUUGUGAUGUGCCCGCUGUUUCACAACCGGUUCUAUUGAACGAGGGAGAAGUAGUGCAUCAUGUCCCUACUGUGUCCGAGCUUGUACCGUUUAAUCAUUUUCCUAUCGAAGAGGAAAAUGAUGCUUUGCGCCCGAUAAGUGGUUCAGGUGUUAGCCUAAGAGGUUCGCUUGUGCAUCAACAUUUGUUAAAGCCGGCUACUCAUGCAUCAACCUCUGAAAUGUCAUGUGGGGAACCAAAAUUAGGUGUUGCAGACAAAACCCUUCACAAAGUAGUUUCCAUUAUGAGCAACCAAAUAAAAAGCAUAAUCUUGAAGGCUUCAUUAGAAAGGCUUCCUUCAUUCAAAGAUGAGAUUGGCAAGUUGUUGACUACCCUUGACAAUGUAGGGGCGGACGUCUCAUCCCUACGAGCUAUGAUUGAUGCACUUAUGGUGACCGCAGUUGACUAUUGUUCUGCACACUCUGCUUACUCCCAAAAGCUGUCUCCCGAGGUUCAAAGUGAUCGUUUAGCUGCUGUCGACUCUUCACUUUCUGUUGCCUUGGCUCUGCAACAAGCUGAAGAGGUUCAUCAAUUUUCAAUACUUGAGUCUAUUAAAUCUGCCAACGUGCGUAUGAAGGAGUUGAAGAGAGAACAAGAGCAAUUGGAGUCAAGACUGCGUCAAUUAAACGAAUCGCUUUCAAAGAGUGAUGCACAACUUUCUUAUCAUCAUGGUGAGGUUGCCCGUUUGAGAGAGGAUAAGAUUGCAGUUGAAGAAGCUCCUGUAUUAUCCACUGCCGAUGCUGAGACUUUAGAUGCGUUAUGA